CCGCCUUCCGACUCUCCCGAAUCUAAGAUUUUUGGAAGAUGAUAUUCUAGGGCUCGGAGUUCUGGAGUGGGACUAACACAGUUGGAAACUCAGCUCUGUUACCUGCUUAGCUGAGUGAUCUUGGGUGUCUGGGGCCUGGAUGGAGAACGCUUCUCUCGCCCACGACUAUGAGCAUUACGGCGAGAUUCCGGAUGUCCCCGUGGACUGCGCUGACGACUCCUGCGUCUUGGUCGACCCCCUGGGCACGGCCCCGCUCCUGCUCUAUGCUGCGGUCUUCCUGGUGGGGGUGCCGGGCAAUGCCAUGCUGGCCUGGGUGACCGGGAAAGAGGCCCGCCAGAGGGCCGGUGUCACCUGGUUCCUCCACCUGGCCGUGGCCGACCUGCUCUGCUGUCUGUCUCUGCCCGUGCUGGCGGUGCCCAUCGCCCGCGGGGGCCACUGGCCGUACGGGGCGGCGGGCUGCCAGGCCCUGCCCUCCGUCGUCCUCUUGUCCAUGUACGCCAGCGUCCUGCUGCUGGCCGCUCUCAGCGCUGACCUCUACCUGCUGGCCCUCGGGCCCAUCUGGUGGGCUGCGGCUCGGGGGACACGCAGGGUGCACGCAGCCUGCGGGGUGGCCUGGGUGCUGGCAUUGCUGCUGACAGUGCCCUCGGCCUUCUACCGCCGGCUGCACCAGGAGCACUUCCCACGCCGGCUGGAGUGUGUGGUGGACUAUGGUGGCUCGGCCACUGCUGAGAACACAGUGACCGCCAUCCGGUUUACUUUCGGCUUCCUGGGGCCACUGGUGAUCGUGGCCAGCUGCCACGGCGCCCUCCUGUGCCGCGUGGCCCAACGCCGCUGGCCGCUGGGCAUGGCCGUCGUGGUGGGGUUUUUCAUCUGCUGGGCCCCCUACCACAUGCUGGGGCUGGUACUCACCGUGGCUGCCCCGCACUCAGUGCUCCUCGCCCGGGCCCUGAGGGCUGAACCCCUGGUCGUGGGCCUUGCUCUUGCUCACAGCUGCCUCAAUCCCAUGCUUUUCCUGUAUUUCGGGCGGGCUCAACUCCGCCGGUCACUGCCAGCCGCGUGUCACUGGGCCCUGAAGGAGUCACAGAGCAAGGAGGAAAGUGUAGUCAGCAAGAAAUCCACCAGCCAUGACCUGGUCUCGGAGCUGGAGGUAUAGGCCAGAGGGAAGCUGGUUUGUAGCCUCCUCUCUCAUUUCACAAAACUGGCUUCAGGCAUAGCUGGAUCCAGGGGCUCAAUGAUAUUGUCGUGUAUUCCUUUAUUCAUUCAAAACAUUCAUUAUGCACCUGCUGUGUGAAAGACCCUAUUAUAGGCCCUGGGGAUGUAGCAGUGACCUAAACAGACACAAAUCCCUACCCUCAAGGAGCUGACAUUCUAGUGGAGGAAGACAGAGAAUAAGCAAAGAAA